GCUAGAAACAGUAACGCGAGAUGAUUCGCCAAAAAAGCCAGAUUUCUAUCCAUCAUGAUACUGCCGUUGAUCUUGGCAUCGUAUCUACUUACGAAAGGUUCUUUGCUACACGGCAUUCUGAUAUACCAAUGAUAGUUUGGACAUCUUCCCAUAGCUACAUUCAGCGCAGUGCAUCAUACCAUCUGGUUAUUUGACUGCGGCACCCAGUCUUCAUACCCAGGAACUGCUUUCAUGUUGCGUGAUGUCAUAUUCGAAUCCUAUGUUGAUCAGCGUUUACACCAUGAUCUUCAUCCCGCGUUCGCAUCUCAGUGGCGGUAUACGAUGGUUUAUCUAUAUCCAAGACCACUGAUAGUUUCAGAUUUUCUCCUCACAACCGCGUUCAGAUCGACUCUGUACUAUCUGUCUACUUCAAACAGUACCCACCCUUUCACGUCUCGCUAUAUGUUGCUCCGGCUUACUAUUUCAUUUUGUUUCUACUUCGCUACUUCAACUGGCGGCGGCUUCCUUCCUGAUGGUCUUCAAGGAGGAGAUAUAUCAGCUGGAAUAUCUCUAGAUCUGCCUCUGCCGGUACCUCUUGGUAAUACAAACAGCCCUACUCCGACGCUGCCUUCUGCUGGUAGUACCUCUUCUGGAACUAACCUCACUUUAUCAUUAACCAGCAUCAUUGGAAACAACACAUCAGUGUCCACUAAUUCUACAUUUACCUCGGAAUCAACAUCCUCCUUCCCUCCUUCGAGUUCCUGGUCUGCAGACACAACAUCUCAGACCACCUCCCAAACCACGGGGAGUGCGAUCACCACUGGUGGUGCUCUACCAACAACCACCUCCCCAACCUCCCAAUCCACGUCCCUCCCAAUCAUUGGCGCCACGGUUGGGUCCUUCGUAUUCAUACUGCUCCUUCUAUGUGCCCUCAUAUACACCCUCCACCGACGGCAGCACCGGAGGAAACAUCCUUUCGUAUUUCACCGUGAUAUGAUGGUUCGGCAAGAGCACUCUGAAUCGAAUCUGCCUCUUACGCCGGCAGUAAAAGAUUCAGAGAACACUGGGGAUGCGGAAAAACACGCUUUGUACGGUUCUACAGACAAAGAAGACCCUGCUCCGUCAGGCAACACAUACAGAUCAGCAGAUACAGCUACAUGAUGUCUUGGCGAAACAGAAAACUGAGCUCAAGACAGGAUCGACGCUGGGUGGAGAUGUGCAAGAUGACUUGUCAGUCGAGGUUUCGAGGAUCCUGAUUUCGGUGUAGAGAUGGCGUUAUAUGUAAUUUCUAUCUCUAGACAUUCAAUAUUUUCUGUAAACUAUACUUUACUGUUCACUCAAUAAUCGGUUGAAGGUAAAGCUACGGACAGAAAAACUAAAAAAGUCAUUUUACUUCCAGGCCAGCGUUCUAUGUACCGCGGAUCCCAAUUCGGCAUGAAGAAUGCUACCACUAGAGGCGUGACAGCAGCAAUGAGUCUGACUUUGAUAACGUCCCGAUGUACUGGAUGUGAAAGAAUGAGUAACGCGGAAUGGACUGUUAUCCUAAAGUAAAUG